AUGGGAAAAGAUUCACUUAAUAUUGAAAAUGUAAUUAAAGACGAAAAAAAAGUAAUUGGAGAGUUCAAAGGUAAUGAAAUAUUUACUUCAUUACCUUUGAAUGAAAAAAUAUUAAAAGAAAAUGAUGAAAUUGUUGAAAUAAAGAUUGAUUCUAAUAAAGAAUCAGUAACUGUUGAUGACUUAAAAAAAUUAAUGGAAAAUAGAGGUGAAGAUUCAGUAAAUAAGAUUAAUGAAUGUUAUGGUGGUUUGGAUGGUUUUUGUAAAAUUUUAAAAACUGAUCCAAAUAAAGGAUUAUUAAAUAUAUCUGAUGAUAUACAAAAAAGAAGAAAUAAAUAUGGAUCUAAUACAUUACCUGCCACUCAUUCAAAAUCAUUUUUAUCACUCUUAUUUAAUGCUUGUAAAGAUCCAACAUUAGUAAUAUUAGUAAUUAGUGGUUUUAUUUCAUUAUUAUUAUCAUUUUAUGAUCCAGCUAAUUCUAAUUCAAAUAAUUCAACAAAUAUUACAACAACAUCUUUAUCAUUAACAUCAAUUCCUAAAGUUAUUUUAAAUGAUACACAUUUAUAUAAUACAACAAUUAAUGAAAAAAUUUUAAUGGAUAAUACAUUUUUUAAUGUAACAAAAGAUGAUCAAUCAAAGAUAGAAGAACAUAAUACAGCAUGGAUAGAAGGUGCAGCGAUAUUAAUUUGUGUAAUAGUUGUAGUAUUAGUGACAGCUUUAAAUGACUAUUCUAAAGAAAGACAAUUUAAGGCACUUCAAGCUCAAGUUGAAACAGGACAUAAAUUUUCUGUAAUAAGAGAUGAAAAAGAACAAAAUAUACCUGUAUCAGAUUUAGUUGUUGGUGAUUUAUGUAGAGUAAAAUAUGGUGAUUUAAUUCCAGCAGAUGGUAUAUUAGUUCAAUCAAGUGAUUUAAAAGUUGAUGAAUCAUCAUUAACAGGUGAAUCAGAUCAUGUAAAAAAAGGUUUAAAUUGUGAUGUAGCAUUAUUUUCUGGUACAUAUAUUAUGGAAGGUAGUGGUUUAAUGAUUGUUACAGCAGUUGGAAUUAAUUCACAAUCUGGAAUUAUAAUGGCAUUAUUAAAUAGUGGUCAUAAACCUGUAAAUAAUUUAUCAUCAUCAUCAUCUUCUUCUUCUUCCUCCUCUUCAUCUUCAUCUACAUCAGAUUCUGAUGAUGAAAAAUUAUCAACAUAUAUUUCUAAACAUAAAAUUCUUAGAUAUAAAAAAAGAAGACGCCGUAAUAGUAAUAGUUCAAAUAUUUCAAAUUUAUCAUCAUCAUCCUCCUCAUCAUCCUCAUCAUCAACAUCAACUUCAAUAACUUCAACUAAAUCUUCUGCAUCAAAUCAAUUAUCAAAAUCAAUUUUACAAGCUAAACUUUCAAAACUUGCAAUUCAAAUAAUAUCAUGUGGAACUGGUAUGGCAUUAUUGGCAUUAGUUAUUUUAGUUGUACGAUAUUCAAUAGAAAAUUAUGUUAUAGAACAAAAAUCAUUUGAUAUAACUGAUAUUCAUCAAUUUGUAAGAUUUUUUAUAAUUGGUGUUACAAUUUUAGUUAUAUCUAUACCUGAAGGUCUUCCUUUAGCAAUUGCUUUAGCCUUAACAUAUUCUGUUCGUAAAAUGAUGAAAGAUAAUAAUCUUGUUCGUCAUUUAGAUGCAUGUGAAACUAUGGGUAAUGCAACAACAAUAUGUUCUGAUAAAACAGGUACAUUAACAACAAAUAGAAUGACAGUUGUUCAAUCAUUUAUUAAUGAUAAUUAUUAUACAACUCAAGAAUUACAACCAACAUCAUCUGAUAUUGGUAUGACAACAAGAAAAAAACUUGCUCAAGCAAUUUCUAUUAAUAGUGCAUAUAAUUCAAUGAUUGAAGGACCAACAAAAAUUGGUGAAUCACCAAAACAACUUGGUAAUAAAACAGAAUGUGCUUUACUUGGUUUUUUAAAUCAUAUAGGUGAAAAUUAUGAUCAUGUAAGAAAAGUAUAUCCUGAAAAAGAACAUGUUAAAGUUUAUACAUUUAAUUCAUCAAGAAAAUGUAUGAUGACAAUAAUUUAUUUAUAUGAAGAUGGAAAAAUAAUUGGUUAUAGAGUAUUUGUUAAAGGUGCAUCAGAAAUAAUUUUAGCAAAAUGUAAAUAUAUUAUGAAUGGUUCUGGUGAACCAUUAACAUUUACUAAAGAACAAUAUGAUUAUAUUAAUGAAGAGGUAAUUGAAAAUAUGGCUGAAAAUGGAUUAAGAACAAUAUGUGUUGGAUAUAAAGAUUAUAUUUUAACAACAUGUAGAAAUGUAAAAUUUAAUGAAAUACCUAUUGAUAAUCUUAAUGAUAUUGAUGUUAAUAAUGAAGAUGAAAUAAAUAAAGAUUUUAAUUGUUUAGGUAUAUUUGGUAUUCAAGAUCCAGUAAGACCAGAAGUUCCACCAGCAAUAGAAACUUGUCAACAAGCAGGAAUAACUGUAAGAAUGGUUACAGGUGAUAAUAUUAAUACAGCAAGAGCUAUUGCUAUGCAAUGUGGUAUUAUUAAACCAGAUGAUGAUUAUCUUAUAAUGGAAGGAAAAGAAUUUAAUGAUAAAAUACGUGAUGAAAUGGGUAAUGUAGAUCAAGAAAAAUUAGAUGAAAUAUGGCCUAGAUUAAGAGUUUUAGCUAGAGCUCAACCAGCUGAUAAAUUUACAUUAGUUAAAGGAAUUAUAGAAAGUAAAAAUUCACCAAAUCGUGAAAUUGUUGCUGUUACAGGUGAUGGUACAAAUGAUGGACCAGCAUUAAAAAAAGCUGAUGUUGGUUUUGCAAUGGGUAUUGCUGGAACAGAUGUAGCAAAAGCAGCAUCUGAUAUUAUUCUUACAGAUGAUAAUUUUACAUCAUUAGUUAAAGCUGUAAUGUGGGGUAGAAAUGUUUAUGAUUCAAUAUCAAAAUUUUUACAAUUUCAAUUAACUGUAAAUAUUGUAGCAAUAUUAACAGCAUUCUUCUCAGCAUUAUUUAUAUCAGAUUCACCAUUAAAAGCAGUACAUAUGCUUUGGAUAAAUCUUAUUAUGGAUACAUUAGCAUCAUUAGCAUUAGCAACAGAAAUGCCAACUAAAGAAUUAUUAAGACGAAAACCUUAUGGACGUAAAAAAUCAUUAAUUUCAAGAACAAUGAUAAGAAAUAUAGCAUGUCAUGCAAUUUAUCAAUUAAUUGUAUUAUUUUUCUUAUUAUUUAAAGGAACUGAAUUACUUUAUGUUGAUAGUGGAUUAAAUGCACCAAUUCAUGCACCACCAAGUAAACAUUUUACAAUAAUAUUUAAUACUUUUGUUAUGAUGACAUUAUUUAAUGAAAUUAAUUCAAGAAAAGUUCAUGGUGAAAGAAAUGUAUUUAAACAUAUUUUAGAUAAUUCAAUGUUUUGUGUUAUAUGGAUAUCAACAUUUAUUUGUCAAAUAUUAAUAGUUCAAUUUGGUGGAGCAUGGUUUCAGACGUCUCCUUUAGAUUUUAAUCAAUGGUCUGUAUGCCUUAUUUUAGGUAUAUCUGUAUUACCAUUAGGACAAUUAAUUGCAUUCUUACCAAGUAAAAAACUACCAAAAAGUAUAGCAGUAGGAAGAGAGGUACCAGAAUUAACAAAAUCACAACCAGGUGGUAUAUGUGGUUGGGGUGGAGGAAUAUUACAACCAUCAGGUGUAGGUGGUCUUCAAAAAGGUGUUGAAAUGUUUGGUAUACAUAAUCGUGUUGUAAAUGGAUUAUUAUGUGAACGUAGUACACUUCCCGAACCAGCACCAAUGCAACAAGCACAAGUUGUUAAACAAUGGAGACGUUCUCUUAGACAUCAUCAACAUAAAAGAUUAACACAAAAAAGAUUACGUCAUGUAAGAAAAUCAAUUGAUAAUCAUUUUGAUUUUGCAUCAAUGCAAUCUGCUGACAAAGCUGAUAAAGCAAAAAAAUCUCAUGUUAGCAAACUAAUGAAAGCACAAAAUUUUCAUAGAGCUGUAUCUUUAGAUGCUCGUUCUCCAAGAGAUGAAGAAGAAAUAGAUACACCACCAAUAACUUCUAAUUUAAAAAAAGAAAAUGAAGAAUAA